AGAGCUAAUGCAGCUGUUGUGCAGAUUUAAGCUGUUGCCAGUGACGGGUGUAUUACUUCAAGAUGAUGAGGAGUAAACCAGAUGAGGAUGACUACUGGAAUAGUUCCAAGUGCAGAGCCUUCACGUUUGACGACGAUUAUGAUGAACUUUCUAGUUUAAAGGAAUCGAAACGAGCGGUGAACAGCAUCCGCCAGUUUGUGGUUGAUGAAGACGAAGAUGAAGAUGAUAUGGUAAAAGUCAGCUGGAGUGGCGAACCCAUUGGAAGUAUCACCUGGUCUAUCAAGGAGACGGCCUCAAGUACGAAGCAGGAGCAGAGCUUCCCCAAAAUCGACAGUGGCCCCUCAUUACCCCGGCAGGGCUCUGGCUACUCCCUCAGCUCCCUGUUUAAAGGGAGGGGUAAAAGUGGUAGUUUCCAGGCCAUAUCAGAAUCUUUCUCUGAACCAUCCACCAGGAAUUUUGCACCUGAGCUACGGAAACCCAAGUCUGAAUACAAGGACUAUGUCAGUGACUGGAGCCCAGAGGAGACCGUGAAGAGGAUGCAGAGGGGAAAGUUUUGCUCCUUGGAAACAUUCCGCUCCCUCAAGGAUAAGAUGCAACUUUUGGAUCAGGCUGUCUGUGCAAACGAUGGAAAUGUCAUUACUGCUGUUUUAAUUUAUUUGAAGAAGUCAUUAAGCAAAGAGGUACUCUCCAGAGAGCUUAUGUCAAGAGAUGUAGCCCUUCGGCACUAUAUUCACUAUUUGAAGGAAAUGGGGGAACAGAAGCUACUUGUGGAGCUGUUCAAGUCAUUAGGUAGAACUGAGGACAUGGCGCUACUGCAAUACAGAGAGCAUCUCAGUAUCAAAGAUGAAGUUCGCAGGAAAGAGUACUUGAAAAGUUGCAUUAGUCUUCCUUUUCCACCAGAUGAUGCUGGUCAUGUUCAAGACCACUACACUCUAUUAGAGAGACAAAUUAUUAUAGAGGCUAAUGACAAGCAUUUAGAAAACAAGGGGCAGGUUGAGGUGUUCAAAAAACAUCCUAGAAAGGCCUCUAUCCUGAACAUGCCCAUCAUCACCACCUUGUACUACUCCUGUGUCUACCACUACGGGGAGUCUGAGGGAACAUACAGCAGCCCAGCAAACAUCAGGUCAACAUUUAAAAUUUCAGAAAAACAGUAUCUUCUCACAGCACUGAGUGCAAGGGCAAAACUGAAAGAGUGGCUUGAUGUAGGCAGCCUUUUCACCACCAAGAACUGGUUAGGCUACACUAAGAAGAGGUCGCCGAUUGGGUUUCACCGAGUGGUGGACAUUCUGCAUAAAAACAAUGCACCAGCCCAGGUGCUGCAGGAGUAUGUGUGUUUGGUGGAGGAUCCCAACCUGAAGAUCAGCCUCGCCCAGAAGUAUAAGUGCCAUGACAUCGUCAUUGAUAUGUACAAGGACCAAAAGGACCGCCAACAGCUGAUUGUAUACCAGGGCAAGGUGGAGAGGGGAUCACCUGAGGAUAAGAAGAUUCAGGAUAUCCUUAACAACACGCAAAUCCGGUGGAAGAACUGACCCCAUAAUCAAAUCACUUGUGAGCAGAGAGGUAGUAAUAUGGAUUCCUAUGAUUUCUAGUAACUACGCCUUUUCCAAUCAGAGGUUUCUUUUUGCUGUGACAACUGUCCUUUUAUAUGGUGCACAGGAUGCUCAGAAAAUAAAAUUGUCUGAGGAGGAGCAACUAUAAGAAGACCAAAGUAGUUGCUCUUAGUGACUGAAAAAGUAGUGUUUGUUUCUAUUACUUCUGUUAAUAAUCACUAAUGAACACGGAAAUAGACAUCAGUUGUCAUUUACGUUGAAUGUCAGUAUUGCUUAUGAUGUAGAAAUUUCAGCAAAGUAUUUUUGCUGGAAGUACAUAAACAUGCAGAAGCCAAAAAUUUAAGCAUUUGUGGCAUUUUUCUUUUUGUAUGAACAUUCCUUAAUAAAUAGUUUACUGUGUUUGUUUUAAAUGUC